AUGCCUUUUGACACAGCUUUGACGCGCAGGCUUGGGAUCCAAGUGCCCGUAGUGCAGGGCGGUAUGCAAUGGGUCGGGUAUGCCGAGCUAGCCUCCGCCGUCAGCAACGCAGGUGGUCUGGGUAUCCUUACAGCUCUCACGCAACCUACCCCCGAAGACCUUCGCAAGGAAAUCCGGAGAUGUCGCACCAUGACCAAGUAUCCUUUCGGCGUAAACUUGACUCUUCUCCCUACCAUGGUUCCCCCAGACUAUGGAGCCUAUGCCCAAGUCAUCAUUGAUGAGGGUGUCAAAAUUGUCGAAACCGCCGGCAACAACCCGGGCCCAAUCAUUGCGCAGUUGAAGAAGGCCGGUACAACUGUCCUGCACAAGUGCACAACCAUCCGACACGCCAAGUCCGCCGUGAAGCUAGGUGUGGACUUCCUGUCCAUUGAUGGAUUUGAAUGUGCCGGUCAUGUUGGCGAGCAUGAUAUAACCAACUUCGUCCUCUUGAGUCGUGCGCGCCAGGAACUAGGCGUUCCGUUCAUCGCCUCCGGUGGAUUCGCCGACGGACAUGGUCUGGCCGCAGCGCUGGCUCUUGGUGCGGAGGGAAUCAACAUGGGCACCCGGUUCAUGAGCACCAUGGAAGCUCCAAUUCAUCAGAAGGUGAAGGAGGCCAUUGUCAAUGCACAGGAGACCGACACCGCCCUAGUUCUCCGCCGGUGGGGUAAUACCUCUCGUCUCUUCUCUAACAAGGCCCUUCAGGAGGCAUUGAAAGUCGAGAAGAAUAGCAAGUCCGGUGACUUCAGCGAAAUUGCUCCGUACGUCAGCGGCAAGCGUGGGCGCCAGGUCUUCCUGAACGGCGACGUUGAUUUUGGUGUGUGGUAUGCUGGUCAAGUCAUUGGAAUGAUCCAUGAUAUUCCGACCUGUGCCGAGCUGCUUAGUCGUAUCGAGGGGGAAGCACUCCAGGCCAUGAAACGGACCCAGUCCCUGUCUACUGACGCCCUUGCUAGCAGGCUUUGA